AUGUUCCAGGUCACCGGUCCAAUGCUACACGAAAUCAUGCAUCCGCGCACGCGUUUCCCUCUGGAGCUGUGUGACCCGUCACCUUUCGAGCCCAGCAAGCUCUUUCUAACAUUCUCGAUGUCUGAACUAAACACCAACAGUGUUGCCUCUACAACGCCAAGUGAUGUCUCGUGCGUUUCGACGCCGGUACUGCGCGAGCGCAUGAGUCUCAGCUUCAUCACAAAUCCGGAUCCGGUGUUUUCGACCUCAGCUCUAGACGCCUCGCACGCUCAUAGCAUCAUUUGUGCCAAGAAGAAUUGCUACCGCUCCGCCAACAUCCUAUUUGGGACCUACUGCGAGUAUCAUAAGCCCAGUCGGCUCUGCAAAGUACCGGAAUGCCGCAAAUGCGCCAAAACUGGGGGAUUCUGUAUCUCGCACGGGGGCGGUAGACGAUGCCGUCACGAGGGAUGCAUCAAGAGCGCUAAGGAAGGUGGCUACUGUAUUGCCCACGGAGGUGGCAAGCGUUGCCGUAAAGAUGGCUGUUCCAAGUCCGCUCUGGCUGGUGGUCUGUGUUCCGCGCAUGGCGGAGGCAAGCGCUGUAGCGCAUUCUCGUGCUCCAAGACGGCACUAAAGGGCGGACGCUGUAUCGCCCACGGCGGUGGUAGAAGGUGUGAAGCAUCCGGUUGCCCCAAGAGCGCCGUAGGCGGGCACUUGUGUGUAUCGCACGGCGGUGGUCGCCGUUGCCGAGAAGUAGGCUGCAACAAGGGUGCCGUUCGUCGUGGAGUAUGCAUUCGUCACGGAGCGCGACGCGAAUGA